CAUAAGUCAGCACAUAGUUAGUAGAGGGGAACUGGUUAUGAAACCCGGCAAACUUCAGAAGGUCGGUCUAUUGUUUCGCUUUUGAGGUUGAACGGGUCCAUCACGUGAUCGUGACCCUGCACAUCAUAAAGCAAUAUGGCGGACGAGACAGACGGGCUGUUCAUGUUUGGUGAUGAUUUAGAAGCUAUUUUGGAUGUUUUAGAAGAAGAUGAGAGAAUACAAGAUGACUUCACGGAAGCAGUGAACCUAGCCCAGAAUUAUCAUAUCGUUUGUGAAUGUGGGAAAAGCUACAAAACCAAAGCUGGAUAUGAUAGACACAGGACCGCAAAACAUGGGAACACCGAAAGUGAGUCCGCUACACUGUUCACAACCAGCCUUCUCGCCGAGAUGGUGAACAGGGCUGUACAGAGUAUUAAAGAAAGGAAGGUGUUCAAUUUAAGCAUUAAGAAUGAGCUGACUGUAUUGAUAUUUGAAUUAGAGGAAAGAUCUGAUGAAUUCUUUUAUCUCAAAACAAUCUAUGAAUCACUAAGAAAGAAAGGAGAUGUUGAAAAGUUUUAUUCUAAUUUUUAUGGAACUGUUGCAUUGAAUGCCACCAAGUACUUCAAAGGACUCACACGAAAUGCAGCAACAUUGUUGGCAACCAAGGUGGCAGACACUAUGAUAGCAAACUCAAAAAAACAGAAGUUAUCUUCUGUAAGCAAUGAGUCCAUCCAUGAAUUGACAAACAAACAAAAGGCUGGGCUACAAUAUGUGAGCGGUUAUGUAUUGCAAAACUUGCACAAGAAAUAUUGUAAAGUUAACUCUAUUGAAAGCCAACAAGCGAUGACCAUCCUUAAGGCUGGAAAACUGGAUAGCAUGAACUUGAACACACAGAAACAGGAACUGAUUUCAAGCUUGAACAGAGGGGGGCUCUGGACAGUUACAUUGCCAGCUUUUAAGAUCUUUUUGAAGACUGAUGAAUAUUUCAGGCAAUCAACUUCAAAAGCUGGUUUACAGAGAAUUGACAUUGUUGGAAUUACCAAAAACUCAACUACAGACAGUGAUGUCUUGGCCAACUAUCAACUAAUUGUAUCCAAAGCAGACUGUGAUUCAUACAGUCAUGUCCAAAAAGAUGUUUUGCACAACAUUGUAAGCUUAUAUAUCAGAGUAAGGUCAUUCUCCUAUGCUAAAGAUAUUGUUCAAAAAUAUAAAAUCAAGGCAAAACAAAGGAAAAGCAAGUCUCUACGAAAGGAAAUAAGUAGAAGUUGCAAAGAAAAUGAAGAGGAAAGACAGGAGUAAUAAGAAAAGACUGCAUUAUUUAUACUACAGAUUGUCCAAUUUUUCCUAAUUUUGCCCAUAGUUAUGUUUGCUAAACUUUAUCCCAAAAUGGCAACAAUUUUGCUAUUCUUUUGGGUCAAUGUUAAUUGGCCCUUGUCUCGUUUUAGGGUAAAUAUUCUUUUGAAUUCUGCAUAAUUAUGUGAACGUGGCCAAGCGGGCU